ACCCGAGGCAGUCACCAGCGCUCUGGAGCUUCGAAUCCCGCGCCUUCUGCCUCCGUCGGAACCCUCUGCAGGCCUCCCUUCGCCGCUAUGAGACUGCUCUCCAGCCGCGCCGCCCGCCUUCCCGGCCCGUCGGGCGCCUUGUGCGCGCUGCUCGCGCUGCUGCUGCUGACGCCGCCCGGGCCCCUCGCCAGCGCCGGUCCUGUCGCGGCCGUUGUGAGAGAGCUGCGUUGUGUGUGUUUAACCACCACACCGGGAAUUCAUCCCAAAAUGGUCAGUGAUCUGCAGGUGAUGGCCGCGGGACCGCAGUGCUCCAAGGUGGAAGUGGUAGCCACCUUGAAGAAUGGAAGGGAAGUCUGUCUGGACCCAGAAGCUCCUUUGAUUAAGAAGAUCGUCCAGAAAAUAUUGGACAGUGGAAAGAACAAUUAAAAGAACCAUGCAUUGGAAAAAUCGCCCAGUUCUUCAGCAGAAUAUUCUGGGGACCUCUGAACCUACUGAAGAAGACAAGGAGCAAGGGCUCAUUUUCUCCAAUGAGUUAGGUUUCUGUACAAAUUCCCCACUGUGAAAGAGAGGAAGGAAGAGGGAAUCUAUGCUUGUCCUUGCAACUUUCUGCUCAGUUUAUGUCCUGUUUAGCAUAGUAUUUCCUGCUCCUUUUUGCUGUUAUUUUAACUGCUAUGCUAUUGAAAUCUUUAAGAGUGACUAAAUUGUGAAUCAAGGAAUCACUGAUUGUUAAUCCUUUCAAGGUGACAACUGUUAUUUCUAGACUGUAGUUCUUAUACUUCCAUGGGAAAAGCUGUGUGAGAGUGAAUGGAAUUUCAUUGGAAUGCUGUGUAUGGAGAUAAACUGUUAUCCUCACUCUCUUAUGAAAUAGGAACUACUUUAGUAUUGUUUUUUGGGGAAUAUGUUAGAGAAUUUUCUUACUCUUGACCCUUGGAAGAUAUUUAAGUUAUACUGCAUUAGAAAUCUGAGUGUUAUACAGUUAUCUGUGUAGAAUAUAUUUCCUUAUUUAGAAUUUCUAAAUAUAUGAGUUCUAUAAGGAUUAAUAUAUUCUUUUUCUAUAAAUUUAGACAUUUGAUGUCUUCCUAGUAUGGCAUAAUGUCAUGACUGACUCAUUAAACCUUUGAUUUUAUAUGGUAUUUAUUAGCUAUUUUUUUAGGAGUAUUAUAUUUCUAGCCACUAAGUAUGUAUUUUGGAUUAAUAAAGAAGCUAGGAACUAGGUAAAUUCCUUAUUUCUAGUUUUUAUAGAAAUACAUCCCUUUAGUUUUUUAAGAGUAAAGGCAAUCUUAACAAUGAUCUAUACAUUGAAAGUUCUGAAAGCAUAUUCAAGAUCUUUGAAUAUAAACUCAUUAUGUAGUUUUUAAAAAAUGCACAGUCUUGCUAAAAUUUGCAGACACAUAUACUGUAUCUUUUUAAGUGUUUGACUAUUUUGUUACAGAGAAUUACAUAUGCAUCACAAUUACUAUGUUAAAAUUGUACUUUUUAAAUGUAUCUCAAUGGUUUAUAGUGCUUCUUUUGUUCUUUGGAAAAAAAAUAAAAGAUUUAUAAAAUUUA